CACAUCCCCUCUCUCCUCCCCAAUCCCAAUCAAACCAGCAAACCAACCAAGAAUUUCAGUUUCAACCAGCCACUGUACUUCAGCCAGCCAUGGCGGCCUCCUCCUCCUCCACGUCGUUCUCUUCGUCUUCGUCCCACGAAGGAGACGCGGGCUCGUCGUACAUAGAGUGCUUCAAGUACUCGAGGCGCGCCACGCUCCGCUCCGUCGUUGGCCGCCCCGACGGCGGCGCCGGGCUGGUCGGGGAGCGCGCGGUGGUCGGCGGAUGGGUGAGGUCGUCCGCCGUCGUCAGGGCGAGGCGCGCUGCUGCUGGCCCCGCGUCGCCGUCGAGGAAGCCCGAGGUGGAGGCCACCGGGCUGACGUGCACGGAGGUGCUCAUGUCCAGGGUGCCACUCAUCCGCUGCAUCGCCAGGCUCAUGGCCGGUGGGAUCACCGCCGCCGCCUCGGCGGGCGGAUCCGCUCGCCGGCCGGCCGUCGGCACGGCGCUGGUGCGCAUCAACGACGGCUCCUGCGUGGCUGAUCUCCAGAUAGUUGUGGACUCUGCACUGUUGCCUCUUGAUCAAAUCACCGCUACUGGAGCUUGUGUUCUUGUGGAAGGCAAGAUAGAGCAGGUGGAAGGGACAUUGCCGCAGUAUGUUGUGCAGAUGAAGGUGGAGAAGAUUCUGCACAUUGGUCCUGUGGAUUCAGAGAAGUACCCUAGGUCGAAUGCUCAUUCAUCUCCGGAUCUUGUCAGGGGCUACCCGCAUCUCGCUGCUCGUACAGCGACGGUUGCAUCAACUGCUCGUGUACGGAGUGAAUUGGUCCAUGCUGUCCACGCAUUUUUCCAAUCCAACGGAUUCUUCCAUGUGAAUACACCCACGAUAACAACAACAACAGCAACCAGUGCAGGAAACCGCGGCAAAAUGUUACGAUUAACCCGCCUUUUCAGCAAAUCAGACAAUGGCAAUAGGAUCACACCUGAAGCUGUCAGGGCUGCCAUCAAGGAGAAGACGAAACAAGUUGAAGCACUAAAGAGAAGCGAAAGCAACAAAGAAGCCCUCGAAGCUGCAGAGCAGGAUCUUCAGAGGGCAAAUGCUCUUUCAAGGCAGCUCGAGCAAGGAGCAAGUGCAGAGUCCUCCCAAGAUGAGUUCUUUCACCGCCCAGCCUACCUGACACCUUGCCAUACACUUCAUCUCGAGACAUACGCCUGUGCACUCAGCAGCGUCUACACAUUCAGCCCGGUGUUCCAGGCUGAGAGUGAGAGCUUGGAUUCAGACAGGUCUCUGGCUGAGAGGUGGACAGUCGAUGUCGAGCUCGCUUUCGCCGAGCUUGAGGAUGCAAUCUCCUGCGCCGAGGAUUGUGUGAAGUCACUCUGCAGCACGGUGUCGAAAGAUUGUUCAGAUGAGCUGAAGUUUCUGUCGUCCAAUCAGGCAGGUGAUGCCACUAGUAGCGUUAUUGAAGCUGCAGUGUCAAGCCCCUGGCAAAAGAUUAAGUACACUGAAGCUGUCAAUACUCUUCUUCAGGUCACGGAUAAAACUUUUGAAUCGAAACUUGAGUUGGGCAUGCCACUGUCUCGUGUGCAUCUGAGUUAUCUGGCUGAUGAUUUAUACAAGAAGCCAGUAAUCAUAUAUGAUUACCCGAAACAGCUAAAGCCAUUUUAUGCACGCCUGAAGGAAGACCUGAAGACAGUCUCUGCCUUUGACUUAGUUGUGCCAAAGGUUGGCAUCGUAGCAUGUGGAGCUCAGAAGGAGGAAAGGAUGGAUAAUUUAACCUCAAGGAUUGAGGAGUCAGGGCUGCAGGUUGAGCAGCUGGAAUGGUAUUUGGACACACGCAGACAUGGCACUGUAAAGCACUCUGGUUUCAGCAUAGACUUGGAGAGCCUCAUCUUAUUUGUCACCGGCCUCAAGGAUGUCCGAGACGCCAUCCCCUUCCAUCGAACCAAAGGUCAUGCAAAAUGUUAGGCAGCAGAUCGGUCAUAUGGAAUCCAAGUUAGUAGAAGUUUGCCAGCUUCUGCUAAUCGCUGUAAAUAUAUCCGGCACGGUCAUGUGGUAUUCUACAAAGAAGAAAAAUGAUCUGUACUGAAAGUAAGAAAUAUAUAUAAACAAAAUUGAUCA